UUGAUUCGUCUUUUAACCCGUAAAUCAAAUAUUUAUCAUUUUAUUAUAAGGCGCUGCGCAAACCUAGACCCUUUUGUGUCUUAUGUGGGAUACAAACUACCAACGAAUAUUUUAUUUUCAUGUACUCAAUAUGAAAUCAGCUCUUAUUUGCGCAAAAAACAAAAAAAACAAAAGACAUCUUUUUGUGUCCAGUUGCUUCCACUUGACACAACGACCGCCAGUCAAAAAGUGUUCGAUGUAGAGUACACCAUGCCGACGAUACCGCGGAGAGGGAACGCGCGUCAGUUGGAACUCGUCGGGAUGCUGGAAUUUUUUACGGUGGGACGGGCCCGCCAACCCCUGCCACCACCGCCCUUUUGCAGUGAGAUAAGUCAACGCAACAAAGUGGCAGAUUGGUUAAACUCUCUAAAAUAUUAUCUUAUUAUAUAUUUCGCAAUGCCGAACACUCCGAUUUCAAGAGGUAAGCUGUCAUGGGGUUGUUGUGAUGGAGGAUCUGCUCAUGAUGUAUUCCUGCGUUGUACCAAUUGUAAAAAAGUUUAUCACAAAUCUUGUCUAGCCUUACCUGAAAAUAUGGACAUGACAGAGUCAUCAUAUGGUUGGAAGUGUCCUUUAUGUACAAGUAAGGCUCCGAAAUCGGGGAAGGAUGACAAUACGCCAGUAAGGAACAUUACUGUCAGAGGAAAUAAAAAACAACCAUGUUCCGCCCCAUGCAAAAGCAGUGAUACCCCAGUGACUACAGAGGAAGUAAAAGAAAUAGUGCAGACUGUGAUACAGAAGGAAAUGGAGAGCCUUUACAAUAAAAUGAGUAAAAGUAUACUAGACACAUUGAAUAAGCAACUAAAGGAUGUAAGUGAAGAAUUAUCAAAAGUAAAGGAAUCUAUAGAGUUUAUGAAUGCUGAAUUUGAAGAGUGUAACAUGGAAAGUAUAGCUAUGAAAAAGAGUUAUAAAGAGCUUCAGGAUGAAAACUGCAAAGUAAAAUCUGCUGUUCAAGAACUAACGAUACGUGUCGUCAACCAACUGAAGCAAAGCGCACGAUCAUCAAAUGCAAAAAUCCAAUGUGUUCCAGAAAGGAAGACGGAAAAUGUCUUAAAUAUUGUUAAGGAUAUAUGUAAGGUCAUUAACUGCAACAUAAGUGAUGAUAAAAUUGUAAACUGUACACGCAUUGCAAAAAUAAAUCGGAGCAGCCCCCGUCCACGUUCAAUUAUUGUUCAGUUUACAACACCUUUCAUACGCGAUCAGUUCUUGGCUUCAGCGAUUAAGUUUAAUAAAAUAGAUGUCUCCAACAAGCUAAAUUCAACUCAUCUCGGUAUUCCCGGAAAUAAGAUUCCUAUUUAUAUAUUGGAGCAUUUGUCUCCAGCUAACAAAGCUUUGCAUGCAGCCGCCAGGAUAAAAGCGAAAGAAAAUAACUUUAAAUACGUUUGGGUGAGGAAUGGACGAAUCUACAUGAGAAAGGAUGACAAUUCCAAGUAUCACCUCAUCAAAAACAUGAGUCUCCUGGAAAAAUUAGUAUAA